AUGACGGAGCUGAGGCAGAGGGUGGCUCGCGAGCCGGAAGCUCCGCCCGAGGACAAGGAGUCAGAGUCAGAAGCAAAGGUAGAUGGAGAGACUGCAUCGGACAGUGAAAGCAGAGUGGAAGCUGUUUCCCUACCACCCUCUGCAGAUGAUACCCCAGAGGUUCUCAACAGGGCGCUUUCCAGCUUGUCUUCAAGAUGGAAGAACUGGUGGGUGAGAGGCAUCCUGACCUUGGCGAUGAUUGCAUUUUUCUUCAUUAUCAUUUACUUGGGACCAAUGGUUUUAAUGAUGAUUGUGAUGUGUGUUCAGAUUAAGUGUUUCCAUGAGAUUAUCACUAUUGGCUACAAUGUGUACCACUCCUAUGACCUGCCCUGGUUCAGAACCCUCAGCUGGUACUUUCUGCUGUGUGUAAAUUAUUUCUUCUAUGGCGAAACAGUGACAGAUUACUUCUUCACUCUGGUCCAGAGAGAGGAGCCUCUGCGGAUUCUCAGUAAAUACCACCGGUUCAUUUCCUUUACUCUCUAUCUAACAGGAUUCUGCAUGUUUGUGCUGAGUCUGGUCAAGAAGCAUUAUCGAUUGCAGUUCUACAUGUUUGGCUGGACCCAUGUAACAUUACUGAUUGUUGUAACACAGUCACAUCUUGUUAUCCACAACCUAUUUGAAGGAAUGAUCUGGUUCAUUGUCCCCAUUUCUUGUGUGAUCUGUAAUGACAUCAUGGCCUAUAUGUUUGGCUUCUUCUUUGGUCGGACCCCACUCAUCAAGCUGUCCCCGAAGAAGACUUGGGAAGGCUUCAUUGGAGGCUUCUUUGCUACUGUGGUCUUUGGCCUUCUGCUGUCCUAUGUGAUGUCCGGGUACAGAUGUUUUGUCUGCCCUGUGGAGUACAACAAUGAUACCAACAGCUUCACUGUGGACUGUGAGCCCUCGGGCCUGUUUCGGCUGCAGGAAUACAAUAUUCCUGGGGUGAUCCAAUCGAUCAUUGGAUGGAAAACAGUCCGGAUGUACCCCUUCCAGAUUCACAGCAUUGCCCUCUCUACUUUUGCCUCGCUCAUCGGCCCCUUCGGAGGGUUCUUCGCUAGUGGAUUCAAACGAGCCUUUAAAAUCAAAGACUUUGCCAAUACCAUUCCUGGCCAUGGAGGCAUCAUGGAUCGCUUUGACUGCCAGUAUCUGAUGGCCACCUUUGUCAAUGUGUAUAUUGCUAGUUUUAUCAGGGGCCCAAACCCAAGUAAGCUGGUUCAGCAGUUCCUGACCUUGAGGCCAGAUCAGCAGCUCCAUAUCUUCAACACGCUCAAGUCUCACCUGACUGACAAGGGGAUGCUGACAGCUGCCACAGAGGACAAGUAG